AUGAAUGCAUGUGCUCAAAAUGUGGCGGGUAACGAGACGAUUUUUAUUUAUGACGGUGCACCAGCUCAUCGGGGAGCUGUAAGUCCUGCUGAAGAAAUCUCGCUACGGAUGCUACCACCAUAUUCCCCUUUUCUCAACAUCGUCGAGAAUGCCAUAAGUGCGUUGAAAGCCGCAAUCAAAAACGAUAUUUCACGACCUGAAAUCCAAUUGGAGAUGAAUAACAGAGUCAUGGCGUGUCAAGAACGUAUUCCGUUAGGGGAAUACAGGAAAAGAGUUUUUUAG